UUCAUUGCUGUGGUGAAUGAGGGAAGAGGGGAGGGAGAAAGAAAACAGUGUUGGAGACCAGGAGCAGGGGGGGGGAGGAGGGAAGGAGGGAGUGACAGAGAAGCGGAACGAGAGAAAGAAGGAAAGGGUAGCUGUCUCUGGAGGAAAUCAUUGUAAGGCGGCCCUCAUAGCGGGAGGAAGCAAGCUAGGAGGCGGGCAGGCUAGCAGCGGUUCUAUGGCUCAGUCGGCUGCUAACGGUGUGGACCAGGACCUGGCCAGCAAGAGGCUGCACUCAAGGAUGGAGGCCUCUUGCUUGGAGUUGGCCUUGGAAGGAGAGCGGCUGUGCAAGGCGGGGGACUUUAAAGGGGGGACAGCGUUUUUUGAGGCAGCCGUGCAGGUCGGCACGGAUGACCUGAAGACCCUCAGUGCCAUUUACAGCCAGCUGGGCAAUGCCUACUUUUACCUCAAAGAGUACGGCAAAGCCCUGGAGUACCACAAACACGACCUCACUUUGGCCAGAACAAUAGGAGACAGAAUUGGAGAAGGAAAGGCCAGUGGCAACCUUGGUAACACAUUGAAAGUGUUGGCGCGCUUUGAUGAGGCUGUGGUGUGCUGUCAAAGACACCUGGAUAUUUCUCAAGAGCAGGGAGACAAGGUCGGAGAGGCCCGAGCACUGUAUAACAUCGGCAACGUGUUUCAUGCGAAGGGCAAACAGCAGUUAUGGGGCUGCAGCCAGGAACCAGGGGACCUGCCUCCGGAUGUCAGAGACACUCUGCAAAGGGCUACCGGCUUUUAUGAGAUGAACUUGUGUCUGGUCAAAGAACUCGGAGACCGUGCGGCUCAGGGGAGGGCCUAUGGGAACCUGGGCAACACCCACUACCUGCUGGGAAACUUUGUCGAAGCUAUCAAGUUCCACCGUCAGCGAUUAUCCAUAGCCAAAGAAUUUGGGGACAAAGCAGCAGAACGGCGAGCCUACAGUAACCUCGGCAAUGCCCUGAUAUUCCUGGGCCAGUUCAACACAGCCACCGAAUACUACAGGAAAACUUUGCAGCUGUCCAGGCAGCUGAGGGACCAGGUGAUGGAGGCUCAGGCCUGUUACAGUCUUGGAAACACCUACACUCUUUUGCAGCAGUACGAGAGGGCCAUAGACUACCACCUGAAACACCUGUACAUAGCCCAGGAGCUUACCGAUAGAGUUGGUGAGGGCCGGGCCUGCUGGAGUCUAGGAAAUGCAUACGUGUCUCUACAGAACCACAAACAAGCUCUCCACUAUGCCCGAAAGCAUCUGGACAUAUCUCAAGAAAUUGGAGACAGAAAUGGGGAACUGACAGCCAGACUGAAUGUGGAGCAGCUGAUGGAGGCUUUGGGGGUCAAUGAGAGCGACCUUUCACCUUCCAGUUCAGAGUUUGAGAUGCAAGGAGCAAGACCCAAAUUCACCAAGCGAAAGAGCAUGGACAGUGUAGAGCUGUGGAAGUACUCAUCAGAUAAGAAUGGAGACAACCAAGACUUGGAACGUAUACCCACGAGAUCCAAGAGUCAGCUGUCGCAGCCAGGCAAAAGAAAAGGCUACCCUGACAGUCAGUCCUCCGAUGAAAGGCUGUGGUUGGACUCCCCCGUGGACACUGACGACAUCACUGUGCAAGUCCCACCUCCAGUGCCAAAGCUGGGCCGUGACCCGUCCGAUGAAGACUGCUUCUUUGACCUCCUCAGCAAGUUCCAGAGCAGCCGCAUGGACGACCAGCGCUGCCAUCUUGAUGAGCCACAGAACGGAGACAACGGAGAAGGCGCCGCGAACUCCGUGCCGUCCCUGAACGAAAUAAUAGAUCCUGCAGUCACCACUUCCCCCCAGACGGAGGAGCUGUUUGAUUUGAUUGCUAGCUCCCAGAGCCGCCGUCUAGAUGACCAGCGGGUUAAUGUUGGGAACCUACCGGGACUGAGGAUCACUCAUAACAAUCUGGGACACCUGGUGGGCGAGGGAGAUCAUCAAGAACCCAGCGAUGACUUCUUCAACAUGCUUAUCAAGUGCCAGUCCUCUAGGAUUGAUGAUCAGCGGUGCUCCCCACCAGAAGCUGGCCCCCACGCCCCCACAGUGCCUGACGAAGACUUCUUCAGUCUAAUCCAGAGGGUGCAGGCCAAGCGCAUGGACGAGCAGCGCGUCCACUUGCCCUCGGACGACCAGGACGACCCUCCAUCCCCUGAUCCUGAGCCGCCUGGUGGUUUUUCCAGCUAGGACUUGGUGAAUAAUGCUGCAAAAUUUCAUGUCAAAAGAAAAUGCAAGCGGAGGAAAUGGAAAGAGGGACGAGCCAACAUUUUAAGGAACGGCACCGAAGGGUGAACUAACAAGAUUUUUAAUAACAAGACAAAUUCCAUGUGCAAUAGGUGGUGGCCUGUCAAAUGUUGCUCAAUGUGUUGUGUUCUAAAUGUGCGUUAAUAUAAGGGGAAAACAAGUAGAACUCAAGCUCGAUGGUGUAAGAAGGUAAUACAUUUGGGAUAACAUGAGACAAACAUGAACUAAUGUACUCGAUCUAAUGCCUUAAUCAGACUCAAGAUUGUAUUCCCUACUGUCAGAUGUGUUCUGUAGAGGCACAUGAUGGGCAUACAGUGUAAUAUGGACGAUUAAUGAGCAGAGCUACAGCACGAGUUGUGGGAAUCACAAAGAUAUGAUGAUAGUAACUGUUGAUGAAACAUCAGAGAAAUGACAGAUUUGCACAGAAAAUCUUAACCAGUUUUAUAAAGAUAUGAAAUAUAAUGUGUAUACCAAGUGUCUUUAUCAAACAAGUUGAACUCUGAUCAAUAGUGCUUUAUCAUUCACUGUUUGUGGUUCCCGCUGCUCAUAGACAACUGGUGUUAUUUGUGCAGUAACAGUAUUAGGACUCAUCAUCAUCCAGUGAAACUGCUUUGGUCAGUUUAAACUUUCCACUGAUUGAUAAUCACGCUCUAUUGAUUCCUUUUCAAAUAGACAGACUGAGUGAAAUAUGACUUCCCACAUAAAUGUUAUUUAUGUGCAUUUGUGCGAGGAUUCAAGCUCCGGCUAUGUGUUUCUGCUUAGCUUUGAAAAUAAUGCAAUCUGCUGCCCACAACGUUCGCAACAUCUGAUAACAGACUACUGCUUACUGCCAUUAUUAGCAUCACUUAGCAUAGAUAUAGAAGCAGAUGGAUGUGUCAUAUUGUGACGAAUCUAAUACCGUGAACAAUAUUGAAGCACUACUUCUAGUGUGCUGCCUCCCUGUGGUCAGAGCCCUGUAUUACCUCUGUGAAAUACAGAGUACUAUUUGGGGUGAAAGGCGUUCCCUACAUCUUGAAUAUUUGUAGGACGACAUUAUAAUAAUAAUAUUGCCACACACUACAAGUAUGACGAUUCUGAAAACAUUCCUCUGGUUUCAGCAACAGUGUUUUUGCCAACUUGCCAAGCAUCUCAUAAAGGUCACAGUGUAUCGUUUUAGUUCAGUUUCUAUAUAUUCUUUGCCAUACAAGUUCCCAAAUCAGCAGGAGAGGUACAAACUGCAGAAAGUACAUUUUAAUCGGCUAAGAGUUUGAAACUUUUUGCCGUGAAGAGCAUCUGUAUAAUGUUACUGUGCAGAAAGAAGUGGACCUUGCCUCUGGGCUUGGUUUUUAUUCUUAAGUAGUGCAUACCUCAAUUUUUGUACCUCAAAGCUCCUGAACUGAGAUGUUGAGUUCUGAACCAGGAUGGAUCAUGUAGCAGGGUCUCAGUGGUUGUUUGAUUCAUCUAACUUUCAUAAAGAACACAUUGGGAGCUAAAGUAAAUAUUUUCAUUGUUUUUUUUUUUUUUGUGAAUUAACAAAAGUACUUUGUACGCUUCUAUUUGUCUUUGCCAUAAUUUGUACAUGUAAAUAUAUUUUGUAUUUAUGUUCCAUAUGAGGACAUGAAUAUGUCCCCUCAUGCUUUUAAUAAAAUGUUUCAGAUGUUUA